AAAUGUCUUCUUUUCCUAAUAAUUCUUAAACCCUAAGAGGCCUAACCUUCCUGCAACUCAGCUUUUCAGUCAUCAUUCGAAGUUACACUCAUUUUGCUUAACAUCUACAUGUAUGUUCAGAUUGGUGCCUACCUACAGAAGUAGGCAUAUAUCCAGAAGUUUGCCAUCGCUUCAAGCUCGUUGCACCUUGUUUUCAGCAUCAGCAUCAGCAUCAGAGAACUUUUUGCAACAUACAUCAGAUGGAGGCUCUGCACAGGGGAUCGAUUUCGACGGCCUAUUCAAAUCCUGCAACCGAGUGCACGGUGCUAAGCUCUUGCAUGCCCUUGUUGUUGUUUCGGGGAAAGCUCAAAGUGUCUUUUUCUCUGGCAAGCUUGUUAAUGUUUAUGCUUACCUUGGUGAUGUCUCAUUCGCGCGUCGCACAUUCGAUCAUAUCCCCAACAAAGAUGUUUAUACCUGGAAUUCAAUGGUUUCAGCUUAUGUUCGGACUGGUCAUUUUCGGGAAGCUGUAGAUUGCUUCUAUCGGUUUUUCUUGACUUCUGGUCUUCAACCUGAUUUCUACACUUUUGCUCCUGUGCUAAAAGCUUGUAAGAAUCCACUUGAUGGAAUGAGGAUACAUUGCGUGGUACUAAAAUUUGGAUUUGAAUGGGAUGUAUUUGUCACCGCUUCCUUGGUUCAUAUGUAUACCAGGUUCGGAGCUUUCAGCUAUGCUCGUAAAUUGUUUGAUGAUAUGCCGGUACGAGAUAUGGGUUGUUGGAAUGCAAUGAUUUCCGGAUACUGUCAAAAUGGCAAUGCUGCCGAGGCAUUAGAUGUUCUGAAUGAGAUGAGAUUGGAAGGGGUAAUAAUGGAUCCAGUUACUAUUGUUAGCAUUCUUCCAAUUUGUGCACAAUCAGAUGAUAUUUUAAAUGGAAUGUUGAUUCAUGUAUAUGCUAUAAAACGUGGGUUGGAGUUUGACUUGUUUGUGUCUAAUGCUUUGAUUAACAUGUAUGCCAAGUUCGUUAAGUUGGCAAAUGCGCAGAAGGUUUUUGAUAACAUGGUAGUAAGGGAUGUGGUCUCUUGGAACUCGAUAAUUGCUGCCUAUGAGCAAAAUGAUUAUCCGGACAGGGCACUAGCUUUAUUCUACAUGCAGCUUACUGGGAUUAGUCCUGAUCAUCUUACGCUGGUGAGUCUAUCUUCUAUCGUUGCUCAAUUAGGUGGUUCUCGGAGUGCUAAGUCCGUCCACGGAUUUGUCAUGAGGAGAGGUUGGAUUCAGAAAGAUGUCAUCUCUGGAAAUUCAGUGGUUGACAUGUAUGGUAAAUUGGGUGACAUCAACUCUGCACGUGCAGUUUUCGAUGCCCAACCUGUUAAGGAUGUGGUAUCUUGGAACACUUUAAUCACCGGUUAUGCUCAAAAUGGUUUGGCAAGUGAGGCUAUCGAAGCAUUCGACCUGAUGCAAGAGUACAAGGAGGUGGCACCAAAUCAAGCAACAUGGGUCGGCAUUUUACCUGCUUAUUCUAGUGUAGGCGCCUUGCGACAAGGAAUGAGAGUUCAUGGGCUGUCAAUUAAGACAUCUCUAUAUUUUGAUAUCUUUGUGGGGACCUGCCUCAUUGACAUGUAUGGGAAAUGUGGAGAAUUAGAUGAUGCUAUGACCUUUUUCUACGAAGUACCCAAAAUGAAUUCUGUCCCCUGGAAUGCCAUAAUAUCUUGUCUCGGAAUUCAUGGGCAUGCUGAGAAAGCUAUUAAACUAUUUAGAGUGAUGCGAGAAGAGGGAGUGAAGCCGGACCACAUAACUUUUGUAUCUCUGCUCUCAGCUUGUAGCCAUUCAGGUUUGGUCGAAGAGGGUCAGUGGUGCUUUAAUGUGAUGAAGGAAGAGUACGGGAUUGAGCCUAUUUUGAAGCAUUAUGGUUGCAUGGUAGAUAUGUUUGGUCGUGCUGGGCUUCUCGAAAUGGCAUAUAAUUUUAUAAAAAACAUGCCAAUAAAGCCAGAUGCAUCAGUUUGGGGUGCCCUUCUUGGUGCCUGUCGAAUUCAUGGAAAUGUCGAUUUGGGUGCCAUUGCUUCCGAACGCUUGUUUGAAGUGGAUUCAGAGAAUGUCGGGUACUAUGUUCUGUUGUCCAACAUCUAUGCAAAUAUCCAGAAAUGGGAAGGAGUGGAUAAAGUAAGAACACAAGCCAGAGAUAUGGGAUUGAGGAAGACUCCUGGAUGGAGCUCAAUCGAGGCGAAUAAUAAGGUCGAUAUCUUUUACACCGGAAAUCAAAGCCAUCCAAAAUGUGAGGAGAUAUACAAGGAGUUGAGGAGUUUGAAUGCUAAAAUGAAAAGCCUAGGCUAUGUUCCGGACUACAGUUUUGUUUUGCAGGAUGUUGAAGACGAUGAGAAGGAGCAUAUCCUUAUGAGCCAUAGUGAGAGAUUGGCGAUUGCAUUCGGAGUUCUUAACACCCCUCCUAAAACUCCAAUCCGAAUAUUCAAGAACCUGAGAGUGUGUGGUGAUUGCCACAAUGCAACCAAAUACAUAUCUAAAAUAACUGAGCGAGAGAUCGUCGUGCGGGAUUCAAACCGUUUUCAUCAUUUCAUAGACGGGGUUUGCUCUUGCGGUGACUACUGGUAACGUGAAUCAACAGUCGAGCCGGGGCUCGGGUUGAUUAUCAGUUAACCAUGCAUCCGGAACGAGUUGCACUUUCGAAUUUGCUAACUGAUCUGGCUUAGUCAAAGAGUUCAUUCUUUGCCAUUUCUGAAGUACAAAUACUCCUUUGUGUUUUCUUUCUGGUCCAUGCCGUUCAUCUUUACGUGUCGUGUUCGUGUAUAGAUUGCGAAACAUUUGUGUAUUCGUGUCGUGUUUGUGUUAGAAUUUCAAGUCGAGUCCGGUCGGAGUGAUUCGGCCACUGGAAUUGUGCCAGAAUGGAAGGAAUGUCAGGGGGUCCACGUUCUUAUCUGGACUCAAGCCAACAUGGAAACUGGAAAAAA